AAAUAAAAAUUACUCAUCAAUCCUUCAAAGUUCAAACUUCAAAAAUCAAAACCUCUCUCUACUCUCUCUCUCUCUCUCUCUCUAUUCGGCACAAAAAGAGUAUCAACACUUUCUCUCUCUAUCUUUUUGUUCAACCAUGAAGAAGCUUUAUCAUAAAGCGACGGUUCAUCCAUCACCGCCGGUCAUAACAGACCAACUUUCUUUCCUUCCGGCGACCAUCCUCACCCUCGCGGCUGCUCUUUCACCUGAAGACAGAGAAGUCUUAGCUUACCUAAUCUACUGUUCUUCAGCAGCAACCCCACCAACUCUCUCCAACUUUUCCGGCAACAAACGACGGACCACCGCCAAAACCGCCGAUCAUGCUACUCUUUUCAACUGUAGCUGUUUUCGUUGCUACACGAGUUACUGGGUCAGAUGGGACGAGUCACCGAAUCGUCAACUCAUACACGAGAUCAUCGAUGCUUUUGAGGAGUGGUUGGCUCAGAGUAACAACAAAAGUGGGAAGAAAGGAAAAGGGAAGAAAGAAAAGAAGAAUAAGAAAGGGUUUGAAAAUAAAAAAUCCGGUGAGUUGACUCGGUCCGAGUUGACGAGUAAGAACGAGUCAAGUGAGUUGGAAUCGGUUGGGGAGAGUAGUAAUAAUAGUCCUAAUUGUGGUGUUGGUGAAAUCGUUGAAAGGGUUGUUGUUGAUGAAGAAAAAGGGUCGGUUAGAAAAUUUGUGAGUUUCAUUGGUGAAAGGAUUUGGGGUGUUUGGGGAUAGAGAAUCAAUUUCGAAAAAAAAAAUUAUGAAAUAGUUUCAUAAAAAUGAAGAAGAAAUUAAGGUAGGUUUAGUACACCUCCUUUAUUUUGUUUUUUUUUUUUUUGUUAAAAAUUUCUGUACAUUAAUCAUCACCCUGCAAUGUUUAAAGAUUGCAAUGUUUAAAGAUGAAUGAAAAUGUUUAUUUGGUUAAUUGGAUUUGUGAUGGCUGGGUUAGAGUUUUGUUAUUACAAAUCAUACAAAUGUUCUGUAUCUUUUUUUUUUUAUUCAAUCUAUGUAUCACAUUCUAUUUUCUCCAAUUUUUGGCAAAGAUAAUGGCAUUGUACAUUUUUU